AGUGAUGGUUGGUGUGUGGAUGACAUGAGGUGGCUCCCAUCCCAUACUCAUUGGUUCAUUGAAGACAAAACUAGUCAUCCCACUCCCUCCCCUCCAUUAUGCACGACCCAAGAACCAAGAAGGAAGGAAAGAAGCUCUGCAAAUUCAUUGCUCCAUAGCCAAAUUCGAGCUGGAGAAGGCAAAGUCUAAAAAGGAAGAUUGAAGAGAGAAAAAGUGAGGAAAAGCUUGGAUGAUUAAGGCACUUGUCAAAGGUGAUUCAAGAGCUUUCACGAAGUUGAAAGAGUCGCCGGAGUUUUGCCGGAGUUCGUCAAAGUUCGCCGGAGUUCAACAGAGAAGGGUAGAACUUCAUAACGAUCAUUCGAGGAUGUUUUUAAACUUGCUCAGUAUUUGAUGUUCUCCAAUUUCAUACUUCACUCCAUGUACAAAGGAUGUUUUUAAUCCACCCUCAAGUGUGGAGUUCUGGACUUUCAUAUUUGCCCCAAUCUACAUCCUACCGAGGACUUAUAUGAUGAUGCGGUUCAAUAUUGGGAAUUAAGGAGGAUAGGAGCGUGUCCAAAUCAUUAGGUUGGCGGAUGCCAAAGUUUUGUGGCCGGAUCAGCUCAAUUGCCAUGAAAUCUGCGACAUCGUUGUUGACUUAUAUGAUGUUGUGGCUGAAUAUUGGGAAUUAACGAGGAUAGGAGCGUGUCCAAAUCAUUUGGUUGGCAGAUGCUGAAGUUUUGUGGCCGGGUCAGCUCAAUUGCCAUGAAAUCUGCGGCAUCGUUGUUGGCAAGGAUAUAAUGCAAAAACUAACUAAAUCAGCUAUCAUUUAUCGUGGAAGAGCACAUCCUCUUGAUGAAAAUAGAGACCAAUUAAUAAAUGGAUCUGCUGCUUCUAAGAGAGCCAAGUUGUGUGAUGGUACAACACCUUCUUCGAAACACAACUGGCCUACAAAUCCAUUUGUUGAUAUUACUAAUGUUAUUACAUCAACAAGCUCAUCGUUACAUGACACCGCUGGAGGUCAACCGGUAAUUACUACUCAUGACAAUGAUAUCGAUGACAUGAUACGUGAGCUAAGCCUCCCUGAAACAACAAUGGAAAUUAUUCACACGAAUAAUUUGAUUCCAGAAUUUCCGGAUGGUCAUACAAGUACAGUGGAGGCUCAAAUUGAUGAUACACUUGAAAAUCAUUUUGAAAGUGAUGAAGAUGUGAUAGGAUAUGAAGAUGAAGAUUUUGAAUAUGAAGCAGGCUCACAUAAAGCGUUUCUAGAUCUUGGUGAUGCUACUUUUACAUGUGAAUUCUGUGAUGCAAUAUUUUGGCAUGCUGAAAAGUUAGCAAAAACAACUGCUUCUCACAGACCAAUUUUCACCAUGUGUUGUAAUAAAGGGAAUGUUGUCCUCCCUCCUAUGAAAGAACCUCCAUGUUUAUUAGAAGGAUUGAUAUUCGGACUUGAUGAGCGUAGUAGGCAUUUUCUAGAGAACAUUCGUUCUUAUAACUCCAUGUUCUCAUUCACUUCAAUGGGUGGAAAAAUAGAUACACAAAUAAAUGAUGGAAGAGCACCUCGAGUGUUUAGGUUGAAUGGGCAAAACUAUCAUAGGAUUGGUAGUCUUUUACCGGUUGAUGGGAAACAACCUAAAUUCUUGCAAAUGUACUUAUCAGACCCACAUGAAGAGAUUUCAUACCGAGUGCAAUCGGUGAGGGGUGAAGGUGGAACCCAAUUACAUGAAACACUCGUGUCAGACUUGAGAGAUAUGCUUGACACCUAUAAUGUUCAUGCAAAAUCAUUCAGGAUGGCGAGGGAUAGAUUCAAUGACACAAAUUGCACGUCAUUGAAAAUGAAGCUAAUUGGAAAGAGAAAUUCAGAUGGACGUACAUAUAAUACUCCAAAUGUACAUGAGGUUGCAGCACUAAUUGAGGGGGACUUCGACAUUAAUAAACAGGAGAGGGAUGUGCUUAUAGAGACGAAGUCUGGUGACUUACAGUUUAUUUCAGAGUUGAAUCCCUCUUUUCUUGGCUUGCAAUAUCCACUUUUAUUUCCAUAUGGCCAGGAUGGGUUUCGAAAAAAUGUUCUCUUAACACGUCCAACAGAUGGAAGAAAGCAUGUUACCAUGAAAGAGUUCUUUUCAUACAGGCUUCAAGAGCGUAACAAUGAAUCCCCUUACAUUUUGAGAUGCAAACGAUUGUUUCAGCAGUUUAUGGUUGAUGGGUAUACGAUGAUUGAGUCAUCACGUCUAUCCUAUAUUAGACAAAAUCAAAAGCAGUUGAGAAGUGAGUUGUACAGUGGAUUAGCUGAUGCACUUGGACGUGGUGAAACAAAUACAUCUAGGCUAGGGCAGCUCAUUGUACUACCAAAUUCGUUCAUAGGUAGUGCACGUAACAUGAUCCAGAACUACCAGGACGCGAUGGCAAUUUGUAAGUGGGCUGGAUAUCCACAACAUUUCAUCACAUUUACAUGCAACCCUAAGUGGCCUGAGAUUGUACGCUACGUCAGGGAAAGAGGGCUGAAUCCAGAUGAUAGACCCGAUAUCCUAUGUAGGAUAUUCAAAAUUAAGCUCAACCAACUCAUCAAGGAUUUAAAACAAAAUAAGUUAUUUGGAGAAGUGAAAGCAGUCAUUUACACAGUGGAGUUUCAGAAGCGAGGCCUGCCACAUGCACAUAUAGUAUUGUGGGUUUAUGAAAAAGAAAAAUAUGUCUUGGCCACAUAUAUCGAUAAGAUAAUUUCAGCCGAGAUCCCGGAUGAGAGACGUGACCCAGAGUAUUACACCAUGGUGAAGGAGCUGAUGAUACAUGGCCCAUGUGGAUUGUUGAACAAAAAAUCGCCAUGCAUGGUUGGGAACCGUUGCACAAAAUACUUUCCGAAGAAGUUUGUACAACAAACGACCAUCGAUAAAAGCGGUUUUCCAAUCUAUAGAAGAAGACAGAAUGGUAGAACUGUGGCAAAAGGCGACAUUCUUCUUGACAAUAGGUUCGUUAUUCCGCAUAACCGCAUGUUAUUACUUAAGUAUGGUGCCCACAUCAAUGUUGAAUGGUGUAAUCAGACACGUUCAAUAAAGUAUCUCUUCAAAUAUAUAAACAAGGGCAAUGAUAGGAUAACAGUUGCAUUCUCUGAGAAUGCUGAUAGUAAUAAAUCUCAAAUAGUUGAUGAGAUUAAGAUGUAUUAUGACUGCCGAUAUGUCUCAGCAUGUGAGUCUGCUUGGAGGAUUUUUGGGUUCCCUAUUCAUUAUAGGGAUAUUGCAGUUGAGCGACUGAGCUUCCAUCUCCCAGGAGAACAUAAUGUGUUCUAUAAUGAAAGGGAAUCCACGGCCACAGUGUUGAAUCGUGCUACUGUUCUCUCAACCAAAUUCACAGCCUGGAUGAAGGCAAAUGAAAUGUACCCCGAGGCCAAGUUAUUGACAUAUUCUGAGUUUCCUACUAAAUUCACGUGGAAAAAAACAUCAAAAACGUGGGUACCGAGGAAAAAGAGAUUUGCAGUUGGGAGACUCUAUUUUGUUCGUCCAGGCAUAGGCGAGAAGUACUACCUUAGAAUGCUUCUCAAUGUGGUUAGAGGACCGACCAGUUUUGAGGAAUUGAAGACCGUUAAUGGUACUAUUCAUGCCACAUUCAAGGAUGCUUGCUAUGCAAGAGGUUUGCUCCAGGAUGACAAAGAUCACAUUGGUUGCAUUAAACAAGUAAGUCAUUGGGGAUCUGCACACGCUCUCCGUGAGUUAUUUGUUACCCUGCUGACGUCAGAUGAACUUUCAAAGCCGGAAUUGGUGUGGGAGCAAUGCUGGGAGGAUUUAUCAGAUGAUGUACUAUACAACAUAAGAAGGAACCUCAAUGAUCAAGAGUUGGAUUUAAGUGCAGCUCAAAUUAAAAAUUAUGCUCUUCUAGAAGUUGAAAAACUUCUCCAACAAAAAGGGAAGUCUCUGCGCAACUAUGCAAACAUGCCUUUUCCUUCCGUUUCUCAAAUCGAUUCUCUUGAACACAACCUCAUACAUGAAGAGAUGAGGUAUGAUGUUGAUGCUUUAUCUGAGGAGCAUUCCAAGUUGUUGCUAGACAUGACUGAAGAACAACGCAAGGUUUAUGACAUACUCAUUGCUUCAAUCAAUGGAAAUCACGGCGGCAUCUACUUUGUGUAUGGUCAUGGUGGUACCGGAAAAACAUAUUUGUGGAGAACUCUGUCGGCAGCUGUAAGAUCUCGUGGAGGUAUAGUAUUGAAUGUGGCAUCCAGUGCCCUUGCAUCACUUCUCCUUCCAGGUGGACGUACAGCGCACUCUAGAUUUGCUAUUCCACUGACAGCGGCAGAAGACUCAACAUGCAACAUCAAGCAUGGUAGUGCAUUGGCCAAGUUAAUUCAAAUGGCAGGGUUAAUUAUUUGGGACGAGGCUCCAAUGACAAAUAAGUAUUGCUUUGAAGCUCUUGAUCGCACUAUGAGGGACAUCCUUCGAUUCACUGUCACGUGUGAUGCUACUAAACCUUUUGGUGGGAAAACAGUUGUAUUUGGCGGUGAUUUUAGACAAAUAUUACCAGUUAUUAUUCCGAAAGGCAGUCGACAAGAUAUUGUACUUGCAGCUUUGAACUCUUCCUACUUGUGGCAAUUUUGUAAGGUAUUGAAACUUACAAAGAACAUGAGGCUUACAGGUGACAAAAAUUCUGCUGUUUUGAAGAGUUUUGCAGAUUGGAUCUUGCAAAUUGGAGAUGGUGUUCUUGGUGAUGAUGAAGAUGGUGAAUCAAUGAUUGAAAUACCUCAAACUUUUCUUGCUCCUUUCAUAUCUAAUCCUAUAGAAUCUAUUGUGAGGUGUACAUACCCCGAUUUCUUGGAAAAUGGAACAAGUCCUUCUUAUUUGACUUCUAGAGCCAUUCUUGCACCAACAAUAGAGGAUGUAGAUAUGAUAAAUAAUUACAUGUUGAGUUUGAAUACUUCCGAAGAGAAGAUCUAUCUAAGCAGUGAUUCAGCAUCCUCUUUUGAUUCUGAAAACAAUCUUCUUGACGAGAUCCAUUCCCCUGAAUUCCUUAAUGGAAUACGCUGUUCUGGAGUUCCGGCCCAUGAAAUCAGGUUAAAGGUAGGUAUACCUGUGAUGCUCAUGAGGAAUAUUGAUUUCUCUUCGGGGUUAUGCAAUGGCACUCGACUUAUUGUGACCCGACUUGGAGAUAAUAUUAUUGAGGCUCAAAUAUUGACCGGGACAAAUGCGGGCAAGAAGGUCUAUAUUCCAAGGCUGACACUUACACCAUCCGAUGUUAGAUUGCCAUUCAUGUUUCAGCGUAGGCAAUUACCAUUGGUGGUUAGUUACGCGAUGACGAUCAACAAGAGUCAAGGUCAGUCGCUUGAAAGAGUAGGCAUCUUCUUACGUCGUCCGGUCUUUACUCAUGGUCAGUUGUAUGUGGCGGUAUCUAGGGUUACAAAUCCAUCAGGAUUAAAAUUCAUGAUAUGUGAUGAUAAGGGCGAGCCUAGCAAUUCUACACUUAAUGUAGUGUAUAAGGAAGUGUUCAAUAAUUUGUAAACGCUUUGUCGUAUUAUAUUCCAUACAAGUGACUAAAAUAUUAAAAUUCAUGUUUUAU